AAGAAGAAACUCAAAAUUUGAAGCAGCAAAGCAAUAGCAAAUUGUGAUUUUGGAAUGGAAACGUGAAAAAUGGAAAGAAAACUAGAGGUCAUUGACCUUUUUGUCUCUCUUGCUGACAUUGAAUCGAAACUCAAUCAAAUCAAAAAAAUACUGUUGGCUACACUGUUUGAUUGAGGCACUUUUUAAUUUUAAAAUUCGACAUCAUUGUUUUUUCAAAACUUUAAUCAAAAAAAUUUCGAAAUCGAAAAUUAAAUUUGAAAAAAGGAUGUGGAAGUUUUUCCAAGUUAUGUGCCAUUAAUUCUAAAAUUUCGACAAUUUCAUGUUCUGUUCCAUGAACAGUGUCGCAAUAAAAUUCAAGAACCAUGCUACAAAAUAUGCUAUGCGUAGCAAUGAGAAAGAAAGUAGAAAACCUGAUUCACGAGUUCGACAAUCUACUCCGAGGAUAUCAAAUAUUACGAGGAAAUGUACGUGAAAAUGAAGUACCUCUCAUGGGACAUGCUUCAAUUUCAGUUUCAGAUUUUCACAGUUUAUUGACGAGUUUUCAAACACUAUUGGAGAAUACAUGCGAGAAAGACUUCCUCAAUUAUGUUAGAAACGAAGACGACGUUCGAUCAAAAUACAUUGAAAUGAGUAACGAGCACGAAAAUCUAAAAACAGCUUAUCAAACAGCUACGCAAAAUGUUACAGAACUAGAUUCGAGAUUAAAAGAAACCGUAAGCGAAAGAGACGAAUUGAUUCGUAUGUUCGACGAACUAAAACAAAUGUCAGAGAAAGGUUCUUUUCAAAAACUACCUUCUGUACCAAGAAAUCGAAUCAAGUCGAUGAUAGAAUCGGUUCAAAAAUUAACUGAUAAACGUUUGCCAUCGUAUCAACAUCUCAACACGAGUUCGAAUAAUGAACAGACUGAAUUCCAAGCUGAACAAAAUCAUUCGCUGUUACCGUAUUUUUGUGAUACAUCGUCUACUGAAUGUUUUAAGACUGAAGUUUUUGUACCAGGAUCACCGAGGAUCCAAUCGCCUGAAUUACUUAUACCCGAUAGUAUCGACGAACAUCGUGAAGAUGUAGAGAAUGUAGUUUCCGAUCAAGUCAGCGUUUCCGGUGAUGUACAAGUUAUUACUGUAACGUGGGAUGAAGUGACGGAUAAAUCUUCUGAUGAAGUUUUCAAUUUGAACGAUGAUCACGAAAAUCCAAACAGUACUGAUGGUAUGGAUUCGAGCCCAGAUAUUGACCCUAUCGAAAGCCAGCCCACUUUGACCGAAGAACAGGAUCCGUUUGCGUUAGAUGUCAACAACUCGUCGCGAUCUCAAGAAUUCAGAUGUGAUAUCUGUUAUCGGAGUUAUUCGAGAAGAGAUAGUUUAUCGAGACAUAAGAAAAUCCACACUGAAACGAAAGUCUACCUGUGUACCUAUUGUCCGUCUAAAUUCCGACAGCAUUCUCAUUUAUUAAGACAUGAGAAUACUCAUUCUAACUUGAGAACAUUCUUAUGUCCAAUUUGCAAUCGAGGGUUUAACCACAGAGAUAACAGGGAACGUCAUAUGAAAAAUCACGCUGCCAAAAAUUCGUAUAUGUGCGCUCACUGCAAAAAAAACUACAGAUCGAAACUUAAUUUAAAGAUGCAUAUUUCGUCGAAGGCUUGUUUAUUAGUCUAGUCGUGUAUGAUGGAAGCAGGGUUCGAGCUCGAUUACAGUUUCUCAAUUAAAACUAUGGACAUUUAAGCAUAAAAGUGCAAGGUUUUCGAAGAUGAGAAUAAGAAAAUGACAAAAUUGCGAACCAAACUGUAUUCGUAUUUGAUAAAAAUUUAUAAAUUUGAUUUUUUUGAAAAUAAUUCAAACAAGUAAUCUCGAUUUUUUUUCUAACAAGCGCAACGUGCAUUGAUUUACUGACAAAAAAUUGAUUUUUGAUUUUUUUUCUCCCUUUAAAGAAUCGCAAAAAGUCAUCACUUUUGUGACCAUUGUCGAAAUGUUAUUUUAUUUCUUCUUGCCAAAAAUUGCUAAAUUGUGAUCCAGAUGUGUCACUUUUUUCCAAAAAUUACCCAAAGACUCGAUUAAUAACCCUUGAUUUUUUGCUAAAAUUCUCACAUUUUCACCAAAAAUUUGUAAAAUUCCACUUUUUCAAUAAAAAUUACAAAAAAAGUAUCACUGGUUGCCUACUUGCAAAAAGUUAUGCUUUCAUUGCUUUCUACCAAAAAUUCACAUAAAUUCUCGCUUCUCAUCAAAAUGCUGAAACAAUUUAAUUUUCAACCCAAAACUGCCAAAAAUUGUCAAAAACUUGAGAAGUCUUCUGCUAAAAAUUUCAUCAAUUUGCCAAAAAAUUAUGAAUAGGUAAUUUGUAUUUUUUUUUGCCAAAAAAAAAUUUGAACAACUUCAGCUUUUUGCCAAAAAUUCCAAAACAUCUCAAUUUGUUUGUCAAAAAUUGCUCACAAAUGUCGCCUUUUUUCACUAGAAAUUUCCGAAAAGUAUCACUUUGUUGCCAAUAAGUGCCAAAAAGUUCUGGUUUUGGCUAAAAUUGUCAAAAGUCUUGCUUUUUGCGAAAAAUUGUCAAUUUGUCAAGAAUUCUCGCGUUUUUAAAAAUUGACAAAAAUCCAUAAUUUUUAGAAAAAUUGCUAAAAAUUCAGAAUAGUUGUUUUUUUUGUAAAACAGUUUCGCUUCACCAAACAAAUUGACAAAAAUUUUCGAUUUUCACCAAAUUGCUAGAAUGGUUUGCUUUUUUUUGCCUCAGAAAGUCAAAAACAUAAGUGUAACUAUUAAAAUUUUCACUUUUUUGCAAAAAUUUAUAAGGAUUGUGUGACAUGUAACUUUUUUGCAAAAAAUCCAAGUUUUUGACCAGAAUUUUCAAAAAAAAAUCUCGAUUCUUCUGCCCAAAAUUUCUUGUAAAGUCUCGCUUUUUUGACAAAAAUUUUCCCAAAAGUACCAAAAAGUGUCGCUUUUUUACCAAAAAUUGUUUUAAAAAAAAUCGGUUUUUUUUACCAAAAACUAUCAAAAAAAUCACUUUUACCCAUAAUUGUCAAAAAUUGUCGCUUUUUCAAAAAUCAAAAAAAAACCUAAAUUUUUUACAAAAUUGUAAAAAAUUUAAACUUGCUGUUUUAAAAAAAAAAUUUAAAAAGUAGUUUGUUUCAAACAUUGUCCAAAAGUCUCGCUUUUUUGCUUAUAAUUUUCAAGAAUUUUCGCUUUUUACCAAAUUGCCAAAAAGUUGUGCUUUUUUGCUGAAAAAUGUACCCAAAAUUAUCGAAAAAGUCAACUUCGUCUUCUUUUACUAAAACUUUCACUUUUUUACCAAAAUGAACAAAUCAAUAAAAUUUCAGUUUGUUUUCAAAAAUUUCAACUUUUUUGCCAUAAAUUUUCCUAGAAGUACCAGAAGUCUCGUUUUCUACCAAACACUGACAAAAAUUUUCAAAUUUCAAUUUUCACCAAAUUACUGUACAGUUUUACUUUUUUACCUAAAAAAUGCAAAAAAUUAUCAAAAACUCAAAAAAUUUCACUUUUUUGCCAAAAGUUACUGAGGAUUGUUUUGUCUAAUUUUUGGGGAAAAUUUUUUUUCAAAAUCUCAAUUUUCUGAUAAAAAUUUUUAAAAAAUUUCAAUUUUUGCCAAAAAUUGCAUGCGUACUUUUACCAAGUCUUGCUUUUUUGUCAAAAUUAUUUUUUCAGAAACUGAAAUAAUUCUGAACAAAUUGUAACCCUUUUCCCUGAAGUUCCCAGAAGUGUCAGUUUUUUACCAGAAAUUACCAAAAAUAUCACUUUUUGCCAAUAAUUGCCAAAAAGUUCUGCUUUUGGCAAAAAUUGUCAGUCUUACUUCUGUCAAUAAUUUUGUCAAAAAUUCUCGCGUUUUUAAAAAUCGGCAGAGAUUUUCAUUUUUUUGCAAAUUUGCUGAAAUAACUCUACAUUCAAAAUUCAAAAAUUAUUGUUUUUUUUUUCAAACAAAUUUUUUAAAAGGAAUAUUACUUUUUUCCAAAAAUUGUCCUCAUAAUCUCGCUUUUUAGCCAGACACUUUCAAAAUGCCCUUUUUUUAUGAGCUAAACUUUUCGAAGUCUUGCUUUUUGGUUUUGCUAGAAAUUGUGUUUUUUUUGUUUUUUUUUUUUGACAAAAAUUGCAGAAAUUUUUACUGUUUUAUCCAAAGGCAAAAAUUGCCCAAAAAGUCACUGUGUAAUUUCAAUAGUAUAUCAUUUGCACCACUAGAGUAAGAAGUGCGCGGUUAUCGAACCUAAGACAACUUUAUUUUACCAGAGAAUACACAGCCGAAGGUUAAAACUACUUGUCUCUUGUUCUCGAAGGGACCAAGCUACCCAUUUUUUGUUUGUUUAUUAAUUAUCUUUUCAAAAAGAACAUGUGUCUUGCUAUCCGAUGGUCACACAAUAUGUUAAGUGUAAAUAGAUUUAUUGGAAUGUACAGAAUGAUACAGUGAUGUCAAGGAAACAUAAAUUAAUUCAGCACAUCUACGAGUAGCUCGUAGGCUGCAAAUUCCUUUCUUUUUAUAAACACGAGACGAUUUAAAAUUUAAAACUAAACAGUUACCUACGCUUUUUGAUCAAUACAACAUGGUAGUGUUUGUUUUUCUUCAGUUUUUCAUACGUUGAAAUGAGUUUUGGUCACAUUUUGUUACUUUUUUGAUUACAUAUUUUUGAGUAGGUACUUUUUCAAGCUUCUUAAAUUACUGAAGUGACUUUUUAAAACUGAGUUCGAGCCCUGUAGAAGUCUUAUGACAAUUUUCUUGUCGUUUCUAGGUACGUGGUUUUGUGUUUCCUGUAGUGGUGGGAUAUUAUCGAUAUUUAUCGAUAUAUAUCGAUAUUUGCCGCCGUCGAUAUAUAU